GUCAGUUUACAAGCGAGUGAAGCGACCAGCGUUGAUCGAAUAGCUGAAAGCAAAAAUCAACGAACAUGGCGAAAGUGACAGGAAACUCCGCCAGGGCUGCAGCCAUCGUUGGAUUUUUAAUAAUAUGUUGUGGAAUUCCUAUUACAACUUGCGGGGUUAUUUGGGUUGCUUAUGGUGGCUACCAAGGGCAUGGAUUAUGGUCUGGAAUACCGCUAUUGGCGACUGGGUUCUUUGGUUUUGURUCUCUAACAAGAAAUAAUUGUAUGUUCAUCUUAUAUAUCAUUCUUGCUAUCAUGACGGCCAUUGGUGCUGGAAUUCAAAGCGUCACCGCUGGCCUAGAAUUAAAUCAUUGGAAUAAGUACAUUGGAAAUAACAAGUGUAGUGUCCAAAAGGGAGCUUGUACUUGUAUUGGAUUUGAGAAAAUUCGUAUUGAUGAUUUGGACUCCUGCGACAAGAUCCCAACCAUCAACGAUCUUUUUAUCACUAUGAUAUUUUUCUCCAUUUGUGGUACUUUGCUGUGCGGUUUUGGGGCUAUUGCUGGUCUCGUUGGCUUGACAUCAGUACCUCGAUCGCAACCAACAACGCUUCCAAGGAAACCUAAAUCUGCAAAAUCCAGCACAUUGACGUUGGAACAUAACAACUAUAAACCAAAUGACACAAAGAAGCAAGACCAAGUGGACAACAAGUAUAAAAUUGAAAGCCAGCAGCCAAAAGACCAGUAUUACGACAAAGAUCGACGCGAGGACUACUAUCCCGAAGAUCGACGAGAUGGCUAUUAUGACGAUAGAGACCGAUUACGCGACGACAGACGGCGAGAUGACUACGAUAGGGAUCGUUAUCGCGAUGAUCGACGAGACGACUACGAAAGGGAUCGCUAUCGUGAUGAUCGACGCGACGAUUACUACGACAGAGAUCGCUAUGAUCGCGACGACCGUCGAGACGACUACCAUGACAGGGAUCGUUACCGUGACGACUACGAUAGAUAUUCGGAUAGAAGUUACGGCCGCGAUAGUUACGACCGACGAAGCUACGAUCGGGAUUCCUAUUACGAUGAUCGACGAUCGCAAGAAGGACGAAAAACACCGACCUAUCUUUAAUUAUGGACGUUACCUUAGCAACAGUUCAUUAUCUCAAACACAAUUUUUAAAUUGCCAUGUCAAAUAUGCUAUAUAUAAAAAUGCAUCUUCAUCAAACUUUCUUUCUGCUAUUCAUGGACAUUUUCAUUCAACAUGGCAGCUGUGACUUAUGUGAAUUAGCAACAGAUGUCCUUACUUAUUUAGACGAAUUGUCGUGGUAGACUAUCAUUGAAAUAUCCGAGUCAUAUAAGAUUUAUCUGGACUCAAUCAGCUAUAAUCUGUUUAUAAUAAGUGUUGAGUUUAAUCAACAUAUUUCGUGGCAUUUCUUUUAUUUUUUAAGAGUCUUAAAAUAUCUUUUUACUUUAAUUUCAACUUUUUMAUUUGCCUUAAUCCUUUUCUUGUUUUGCUUUCUUUGUUUUCAAUAAAUUGGGGCCAGUUGUUUGUCCCUAAUUAUCACAAAUCAAAUGUUAGAAUCAAGAGAAUCUAAAAUGUUAUGCUAUUUUGGUGGCCUGGCUUAUGUUCUGGUGCAGUAGCACUAAGCAUAAUUUGAUCAAAUUAUGCUUAGUGCUACUGCAGAGUGGAAAUUUUUUUUUUUAAAUGGCACCAUCCAAUAUAUCCAUAGAGCGUGUAUUWGUUAUGUAUGUUGUAUUAUAAUGUUUUUAGACACCGUUGUUAGAUUUAGGUUUAGAUUUGUUAUCAUUUUGCAUACUCCACUCAUCCCCCCAAAGCAUCAACGGUAGGGAAGAGCGAUAUAUGACUGUAAACAAAUAAGAUAUGUAAAUACAAGGCAGUUAAUAGUUCAUUAUCAAAUAACCGCUAUCGCGUGGCUCUUCACUUGUGUUAGGACAGUGUUCAUUAUAUUACCCAGGACCUCUCAUGCAAUUGUGCUUACGAUGAGAGACUGUGUACGAUGGAAUAAUAUAUAAUUGGACUGACGGUCAUCAAGUGCCACAUGAAAACUAAUUUGUAUUUUUGUAGUAAGCUUCUCUGUUUGUCAGGCGGGCUUUUAUAUAUAUAAACCAUUUUAGCAAUAGAAUUGUACAACCCUAAACUAGGAACCAAUGGGCACAGCAGGGUUUGUACUAGAGUCGGCGGUCAUUUAACUACCAGAAUGCUUUGCGUAUUUUCAGUGUUUUUCAGAUAUAUUCUUAAUUACAAAUGAAAGAGUUCGGGCAAAGUAUUCUAGUAGUGGUGUUUGAUGAUGUCUCAGUGCAAAUCGCCUACAGAGCCUAUAUAGUAUUAAAAAAAAACAUUUCUCCGAUUGAUUUUGAUACCAGUUCUUUCUUUCUUAAGGCCCGUUUACAUUUACGAUUUUUGCAGUGCCAUAUUCGCCACUUUGCUAUUGCGCAACUAAAACAGACCUGUAGCCUGAGUAUCAGGCUCUCUGCCCCAAACCCCUUAGAGAGAGCCUGAUACUCAGGCUAACAGACCUGCGAUUGCUGCGAUAUGAAAAAUGGCCUCAGCUCCAAGUUGCACGAAAGUGAUGGUCGCACGACGAUUUCGCCACGCGAUUGCAAAAAUCUGCAAGUGUGAAUGGGCCUUUAUUAUUGAAUAGAGAAGAAUCUGGUUUGAGGUCAGUUGAGCUAUAAAUAGUUUAGUAAGCGCGUGUAAGCUAACACAUCCUGCAAAGAUAUUUUAACUAAUAAUAAACAACAUUUAAAACGAA